AUGUCUUUAAAAAGAAAAUCAAAUAACACAAAUGAUAUAAGUUCGAGUUCUGCCGAAACUUUCGAAAGUAGUAUAUCGAAUUUCAAAAUAAGAAAAGAAGAUUUUAAACUUGAUUUUGAUGAUGAAAUUAUGACACCUAAAAAGAUAUUGAUUCAAGGAUUUAAUGGUGGAAUCAGACAACAACAACAACAACAACAACAACAAUCGUCAUUUGGACACCUUUCCAAUCAGGAGAACAGAAGGGUUGGUGCUACCACACCAAAGAGAAAAUCUGUUAAUAAUCUUUUGUCAGAGUUUAGCAACAACUCUGCACCAUUAUCUCCACUCAAUCUAGAGAAUAUCAAUAAUAUAGCAUCACCCACUUUUAAAUCAUCGUCGAGCUCUUCACUCUCGUCCUCUCCCUAUGAGAAAAAGCUACAGGAUGGAUUCGCAGUGCCAGCACCUGUCAACCCAGCAAUUACAAAGUUGAAACAAAAGGAAUUGCUAGCAUCAUUAUCACAGUUACAAUCACCAAAAACCAAACCCGUAGUCAUCUCUUCGCCAACCACAAUUCCAACUACUACUACCCCAACAGCAACAGCAGUUAAAAACACAACAAAUAGUUCAACUCCAUCGAAAUUAAAGACACCAAUUAAAUCUCUUAAUACAUUUGCAUCACCAUCUCUUAAGAGAUCUAAUACUCCAACCAAUGUUAUUAUACCUUUAUCCAAUAUGACUGUUUCAUCACCAAAAAAGUUACAGGUAGAUGAGGAGUGCAACGAUUCACCUUCACCACCCUCCAAUGAUCCCGUUACCGUACGAAAGUCACCGUCGCCAACAAGAACCAAGUCACCAUCGAAAAAGACAAAUAUGAUCAACAAGAGAAUUAAGGAUAUCAAGCAAUGCGAGACUACAAUUAAAUCCGAUGUCCAUCCAUCCAAAGUUAUUUCUGGCUCAAAGAUGUUAACAAAGCAUCAACAACAACCAAGUGCAUCAACCAAACCAACAGCUAAAACAACAACAACAACAAUUCCAAGAAUGAAAUCAUCAUUGUCAAACUCAUCGAUUGCGACACCAAUCAAGUCAGUAAGCAGCGGCAGCAACAGCACCACCACUACACCAAUCAAAUCUAUAUCAACACCAAUAACAUCAUUGACACCAUUAAAACGUCAAAAUGAAACAAUAACAACACUUGUAUCCUCCUCCUCCUCUAUCGGCAACAAAUCAGUAUCUACGCCAAUUGUUAAAAAGAUUAAACCAACUAUAACUACAACACCAACAACAAUAACAACACCAGUAUCAUCCAAGUUCAAAUCGGUUUCAAUGGAGACUUCUGCUACUAAAAGACCAAUGCCAACAACAACAACACCUGUAUCUAUUUCCAAGAGAGAUCUAACAUUGUCUUCAAGCAGAAAGCAAUCAAAAAGACCGGUAGAGACGUCAGCCAACGAUGACAUCGAUUUUGAAUCUCGAAUUGAAUCAGCAUUGAUUGCAGCUGCACAAGGUACAAUCAUCUCUGGAAGUCUAUUACUAAGCUCACCGGAGCGUGCUAAAUUAGAACAACAACAAUUGGAACAAAAGAGCAAAUGGUCACCAAUUAAGAGAAACAAACAAAUAUGA